AUGGGGGUGCCCCCCUUGUGGGACGUUGCCCCGCGGGAGGAGACGUGCCCCUGGCAUGGCGAGGCCUCCUGUGGGGAGCGGCAGGGGGAGCUCGUGGUGCCCCUGGUCCCGUGGCUUCGCUUCCGGCGCCCUCCGCAGCCCUCACCUGUGGAAGGCCCUGGGCGGUCUGCUGAGGACCCCCGUCCCGCCCGCGUCGGGAAGGUGGAUGUCCCUGACCCUGCGUCUCGCCGCCUGUGCUCCCGCGUUUCCCACCUUGGCGACACGGAGCUCAGACUCCCGGACGCAUACCCCCCGACGGACCCUCGUGGACGCGCCCCCAGGAGUAACCGUCUUGAAAACGCUUCACGUCCCGCAGGGAAAAUCACGCUCCACGAUCUGAAAAACUGCAAACUGGCCAACGUGUUCUUUGACACCUUCUUCAACAUCGAGAAAUACCUCGACCACGAGCAGAAGGAACAGGUGUCCCUGCUCAGGGAGAGUGAGAGCGAGGGCCCCGAGCUCUCCGACUGGGAGAAGUACGCGGCUGAGGAGUACGACAUCCUGGUGGCCGAGGAGGCUGCGGGGGAGCCGUGGGAGGACGGGUACGAAGCCGAGCUCAGUCCCGUGGACCAGAAGCUGAGCGUCCUGAGGUCUCCGCUGGCCCAGAGGCCCUUCUUCGAGGCGCCCCCGGCCCUGGGCACCGUCGACCUGUACGAGUACGCGUGCGACGACGCCGACCUACAGCCCUCGUGAUGUGCGCCCGCGGCCGGGGGUCCGGGCCAGCCAGCUGGACGCGAGGCAGCUUGUGUGUAAAAGUCAAGGCUGUUUGAUGUUGAGCUGUCUUUUAUAGAAAGUGAAGUGAUUUGUAGGAGAUGACGAAUCUUUAUUCGACACGAAGCGGGUCACGUGGUCAUGGAGCUCCUGUCCCCACCUGGCCAGGAGGGGCCGACCCCCGUGCAAGAACCCCUGGCUGGCGGGCCCCGCUAGCCGUCGAGUUCAGGCGUGUGGACACUUACGCGGCCUGGCCGACGGCUCCCCUCCAAAGGAGCUGCCUCGGGGUCGCCGGCCGUGCGCGGACUUCUGGGUGCCGGGUGGCCCCGUGUUCUCACGGAGUCGGUCGGGAACAUUCCAGAAGCCCCGGGACCUUCCGUCUCAUCUGCACGAGCGUCUCCGGGCACGGCCCGGGCCACGGCCCUCCGUGCAGGGUGUGGGAGGGUGCGCCCCCUCGAGCGUACUUACGUUUUCAUGUACGUGUACAAAACGUGUAAAGUUAACUUUUAUUUGGUGUGUAUAGCGAUUUAAAAACGUUUUACGAGAUCACGUUUGUAUUUUCAAAUAAAGAAGUUACAGACUCUC